CAACAGAUUCUAACUCAAGAUUUCAUAAUAGGUAUAAUAUCCAAAAAAAUAUUUAGCUAUUUAAUGGUUCCACAGUCUGUAAUAAAUGUCUGCGCGAAAUACCCGUAUAUUUGUCCAAACCAAAUACUUGAUGGUGGUUUUAUUAUAUUUGGAGAAAUUGGAGAAUAUUUGACUCUUCUGCAUUUAACACCGUUCAUUUGGGCACCAUUAAUAAAUCCAG